UACUUGCAAACAAAAAACUUCCGUACUUCGAAAUGUAUCUUAUCCUGAGGGCGCGAAUUUCCACAGUAUAAUCCUGAAUUCGUGUCGUUGUGUACCGAAAAUGACGACCGCUUCCUCAUCUUUUUCUUAACUUUUUCAUUGUGAAUUAUAACCACUUAGUUAAGGAAACAAACAAUUUUGCUAGUAAGACCACUCUCUUUUGCUACGUCGCCAAGAUGGCGGCGACUGAGAGCGGUAAGUGUCCACUUCUGGAGCGUGUUGUGUGGAACAUCCGGGUACCGGGUACCCACUGCGUUCAGUGUGAACGCACUUACGUGCUCAAAGUAUGGAAGUGCGCGAAUUGAAACACAAUCCUCUGUGUAUUUUAUCGGUUCUUUGUAGUGAUUUGAUUGCGUUUUGCUUAUCUUGUUUAAAAAAAAACCGCAAGCUUUACAAAUGAUGCAUUCAAAGUCCUCCUCCUUUUCUUUAGUGGCAGCACCAGAGCAACCAAUGCCGGCACCCUCAUAAAGUCCCUGCAGUGUGGACAAUUCCACUUUAGUUUCUGAAGCGCCCGCCUCCAGCAGAGCAAACAAACCGUAGUGGUCAUAAAAGAAAGACACGAGUGGUCGCAGUCUGGAACCGCAGAAGAUGGAGCUGUCUUGCCAAUCUGCUCACACCGUGGAUAGAAGACCCAUCAGCUGCAAGUUGUUGGAGCUCCAUGUUCUCUAUGUGCCUGAUGAACAGUGGAACGUCAAGCUGAAUAAAGUCCCUGCAGAUGCCACAGAGAGCUUCAUAUCCGCCGGCUUCAUCAGGGCUCAUCCUGACGUCACCCUCAAAGCUCUGAGGACGGAACUGGGAGACUUUCUGGGCUCGGAGCGGAACAUGGACAGGUUCUCCUUCCUGAAAUGCGUGGGCCGCAGCCUGGCUCUGGUGAAAAGCAAACAGGAAAAGGAGGUGAAAGUGAAAACAUUUGCUCCACCACACGCCGCCCAGCCAGAGCUCUACCUCCUCUCCACAGUGGACAACCACAGCAGCCUUUACUCCCACUCUCUCAGCCCAGACACCAGCAGCAGCUCACCGGACCCCCCAACCUUUUACCCCCACAAGACGUGGAGCUCUCCAGCAGAGACAAAGGAGUCUGUGAAAUUCCCACACAUUCCCCAGUCUUCCCAUCAGCUCCCUCCCACCUAUAGCCUGGAGGAGGAGGAGGAGGAGCAGAGCUACAGUUCCUCAGAGGGACACGAAGGACACCAGGAGGAGGUGGAGGAUGAGGAGGAGGAAGAAGAGGGUGGAUGUGACAAAAAGGCGGAGUGUGGGCUGAGAAAGUCUCAGAACCAAAAGAGAAGUCAACCACUUUCACACUAUGAAGCGUUGGCUGAGAAGGAGGAAGGAAGGAGCAGAAAGAAGAAAGGUUACCAGAAGGGAAGCAGAGCGUCCAGGGAAUUGAUGGAGGAAGCAGAUUCAGACAGGCUCGGGAAGAUGUUUCAGUCUCAGAGGAGCAAAGCAGCAGUUGGGGCGACCGAAAGCCCGAUGGUGUUAUCCCGACCCGUACGCUGCACUUCUCCCCCUCCUGGUCUGGACCUGACCAUGACUACCCAAAAGGCGGCUACAUCCACCAACAGAGAGGAACUGAUUGAAGAAAUCAGACUGGUGAAGGAGGAACGGAAGCAGCUGGAGUGGAAAAGACAGGAACUGCUUAGGAAAGGAAAAGACUUGUUGGCCCAGAACCGACACCGCAGGAACCAAGCCCGUGACAGCUGGAAGAAGAAGUAUUUUGAUACCAAGAAGACCACCGCCCCUUUAGAAGAGGCUCUGAAGAGCGUGCGACAAGAGCUGGAGACGUUUUACAACAAAGUCCUGCACCAGCUGCACGCCAGAGACAACAGAAGCAAGCCACAAAAACAAGGCAGAUGCUCUGAAAAGAAUGAGCUCAUCAUUCAGAUAUUGACAGAGAGCCAUGAAAUUGACAACCUGAAGAGGAACGUGGAGGACGCCAAGAUGAAGCUGGUGACAGAAAUUAAGCUCAGGAAACAGGCUGCCACAGAACUCAGGGGAUUGAAGGCGGAGCUGGCCCAGAAGAAGAGUCAGUCCUGCCAUCACAGGGCCGUGGCGCCUUUAAGCUUUGGGAGUGCAGCGGUAGGCAAAUAAUCAAAAUUCCAGAAGAGGUCCAUCUGAAAGUCACAAUAUAAAAACACAAUCAUCAACUGGAUGUCCAUGCUCCUGCCAUCUCACAUUAGGGGGUUGCCGAGCCACAGCUGUUCUUUUGUUACCAUUAAAAUAAAAUGUUAGUGUUCACAGACACUCCUGUAGCUGAUUUUUGAUAAUUGAAAAUAAUACCGUUAAAACCUUAAUUUACUC